GGUACAGACGAUGCUGAGGUCGAUCUCGUCUUGAUGCUCGACGCUUCUGAUGAUGGGACCGACGAUGUGAUGACAUCUCGUGCGUCCAGUUUGAUACGUUUGGCGCUGCGUGGACUGCCGGGAGUGACAGAUCGCCUUGGUUCAUGCGUCGAGACAUGACUGGCCAUUCUUGCGCCUACCGGGCUGGACAAGGUGUGUCUGUCGAGCUGAGAUGAACACGAUACUACCGAAGUUGUCAGGGCAAGGAUCUGAGGCCGUAUGAGCGCACGGGAGGCUGCCAGCAUGCAUCCAGACAGUCGAAAAGAUGUCACCGCGCGCGACUUGGACAGCUUCAGCAGCCCCUCGAGAGGGGUUGACCGGCAGCCAAGCAAGAGCUAUACCCCCGCUCGUCCCUCCGAAAUCAAUCGCAGACGUCUCACUCGACCCAUUCGCACCGAGUCUGGGCCUACGAUCAAGCGUCGGAGCUCAGAGACGUCGGCACGUCCCUCGAAUAUACUCACACCGGCGCCCAGGCCUCACAAGGGAUCAAAGACACCCUCCAGGGCUCCACCACUCAUCAUACCAAGCCUGCCCGCCCAGGGGACGAGUGCGACCAGUCAAUCUAAAUCUCGCUUCACUCCAGCAGGCUCAUUUGCCGCUCCUUACACUCGUUCGGCGUCAGUAUUCGUCAUGUCAGACAGUGCGCACGAGGACAGCCCUGAUCUUGCUCAGAGAUUGCAAGAGGCGCUCGCACUCGACAGUCACGAUAUGCCUGGCGCACUUGCACCAACGCCAUCCUCUAGUUCGGCAGCCGGCGCAGGCGACUCAGACCAUGCCUCUCUACCAAUCCACCGACCGCACAAUUCUGACGAUUCGCUUAUGCAUACACCGCCUAUGCGCACAGCAAACCAGACAGGCUCACUCUGUAGCGAUGACACGGACGCCCACUUUGAUGGCGUGUCGUACGACUCGGCCUCACUCAACAGUUUCUCGCCGGGUCCCAGCGCCGGUGGUAUUGAUGCUCUGAGCGGCGGAGAGGAGACCAGUGAGGAGCUACACGAUCGUUUGGUACAAUCGCUCGAACUGUCAAACCUCUCGGGCCCGGCAGAGAUCCAACCCGUCCCUGUUGUGACGCCUGCUCAUACUUCUGUGCCUCCAGCUGAAGGCACGAGUCCGUCUGCGCCGACGUCGCUAUUGGCUACGCACCAGCCAAAGACUCUGCACGAACGCAAACAAGCGCUCGAGUCGGUCUUGACAGCACGACAGCCCGAUCGAGAUGCGGUCUCGCGCAAUCUUGCCCAGGCUCUUGCCAUGUUCAGACAAGACGAGAUCGGCAGACAAUUCGUCAUGUCACCUGACGUCUCUGUUGCCCAUGUCCCCGAGCCAAAAGCUCCCGCUAAUCUGGCCGACCUAUCUUUGCUCGCCUCUUUGCGUUCAAAGCUCGAGGCUGACGACGGUACGGACUUGUCAAAUCCCAUCAUCGGCUAUGUCCAAGCAUUUGCAGAUUCUUCAGCUCAGGCGAGUGUGAUUCGUUCGCCGCCUCGCGCGGGAGACGACCGGGAUCGCUUUCCAGACGCACGCAGUGUCUUCUCUGAUGUCUCCGAGUCUCUCAUCCGACCCGAAUACCGCGAGCAGGCUCGUCAACGUACGCGCAAAAGUGUAAAGUCGAGCUCCUCGGGUAAUGGUCGGGUCAGUAUGAUGACGGCACGCCCACACAAGAGACGCUCUAUCCUUGGCCGAACCAAUUUACCAUCUAUUCAUUCUGAAGCUCAGAGCAUCUCGAGCCAGAGCGGAGAGUCUCAUGAUCCUGUCAUACCAGUCGUAAUGCCGACACCGGGCAGCUCGCCUCGUUCGAAACGCUCUCGACAUUCGUCCACUCAGUCUCAUCUAGCCGAUACGCUCGGGAAAGCAGCUGCAUUUCCCUUUGAGGUGGCAGGUUCAUUUAUAGGACGCAUCAUCUUGCUCCUGCUCUCGCCCCUACAGUCGACACUUGCUAUGGUCUUGCUCGGUCUGGUCAUAUUAGCAGCGGGAUACAUAUUCAUCCUACGUUCAGCAUUAUCAGUCUUCCUCAGCACGGCGCCCAUGCGAGCCCUCUCGCUGGUCAGCAGCGGAGCCACGCACCCACUCGUCACGCUGUCGUCCAUCUCCGGCGCAGUCGCUACCACGUCAUCCAUGCUCCUGGCUAUGGGCCAGCAGCACCGCGUGCGAUUGCGAAAUGGCAAUAUCACGCUCUUGGAGGGCUCAGUGGUCAGAUCGACUAUCGAUAGCGUCGCAUGCUACACCACUGGGCAGAGGUGCUCGCGAUCAUCCGGUCGCAAAGGCCUAGGCAUCAUGACACACCGCAUAUCAGGACAAGCGCGCGCCGCUCGCGACACAUUCAAUACCGUCGCCGAUGCGCUCGUCAGCUCGAAUGAGCUACAUUAUGCUUCGUAUGUUUCCAAGCACAUGUGUACCCGCUAUGCUCACACACCGGGAAGCUUGUGGGAAUUGGGUGCCGCUAUCACUGCAGCGGUAUACCUACCGGAUAGCGAUGAGAUUUCGCUAUGCUUGCUGCAGCUCGGAAAUUUGAUGCGUGAUAUAAAGACGAGCCUGACCAUCAUACAAGCCAAAGCUCUGACAGACUUUGGAACCAUUGUCUACGAAUUCAGGCGUAUCGAGAGUACGAUCAAAGGGAUCGAGUCUGGUAGUGCUUACACGGUAGACGACAUGACGAAGCAGCUCGAUUCACUUUUCGAUCGAAUUUCUUACACAACCGGAAGCAUCGUCAACCAAAUAGAUUCGGCCAUCCCCAUCAUCGAUGAAGCUUCCGACGUUGCGCAAACGGUCAAAGGCUACCUUUAUCGAGGCGAUCGCAUGCUGUCCAAAGAGAUUGAGGAUCGCCCACUUUGGCGCAGGGUGGUCGAAUAUGACACCUACAAGGCGAAGCAACUCAACCGCGACAUGCAGCUUACGCAGACGUCAAUUUUGACAGUCCGAGCAGCACACCUGAAGCUCAUGCGCGCUCGUGACGAUCUUCAUGGUUAUGCGGUCAAUGUUGCCGCGUUCAAGGACAACCUGAUCGAAACACAUCUUGCCGAUCACGCGCUCCUGCCUGCAGACGAAGUGGCAGGCCUUCAUCAAAUCAUGGACUCGUUCGAGAACGCGGUGAAAUCUAGCCAAAGACCUGGACAGAAGACGAUAGACCUGCUGCCACAGUCGCAAGAGUGAAGCAGAGUGACCUGUAUCCAUACACAAUGUACUAAUCUAACGAGUCAUGAAAGAUCUGAGGCGCAAGCCUACAUCGAAUGGCGUGAGGUGCAAUGAAGGCAAUGACAACGUCUAUAGUGACUAAUGAAGGCUAUCGAGAAUGUCCGCGGGCGUGAUGCGAGUGAUGCCCAGAUGAUCUCGAUGUUUGUACAUGAUACGCUUG